CCCUUUAAGCCAAUUAGACAACUCUCAAAAGUGUUUUGGUGUUCCUUUCAAGUACUAAAAAAUGGUCAAUUUUUGGCCUUAUCUAGCAUGUGCCUUGGCACUAUGCUUGACAGCCACCAAUGUGGUUGCAAUGGACUAUAAGCCUUACUCUUAUACAUCUCCACCACCACCAUAUCUCUACAAGUCACCACCUCCUCCUUCUCCAUCGCCACCACCACCAUAUGUUUACAACUCUCCACCGCCACCGUCCCCUUCACCACCCCCUCCUUAUGUGUACACAUCUCCUCCACCACCUUCACCUUCUCCACCACCCCCUUAUGUAUACAAAUCCCCACCUCCACCUUCUCCCUCACCUCCACCACCAUAUAUUUACAAGUCUCCUCCACCACCUUCACCAUCACCACCACCUCCUUACAUCUACAAGUCUCCACCCCCACCUUCUCCAUCACCGCCACCACCAUAUGUCUACAAGUCCCCUCCACCACCUUCUCCAUCCCCACCACCUCCUUACAUCUAUAAAUCCCCACCUCCACCUUCUCCAUCACCACCACCGCCUUAUGUCUACAAAUCUCCACCACCUCCUUCUCCAUCUCCACCUCCACCUUAUGUUUAUAAGUCUCCUCCACCACCAUCACCAUCACCACCCCCUCCUUAUAUAUACAAAUCCCCACCUCCACCAUCACCUUCUCCACCUCCCCCUUACAUCUAUAAAUCUCCACCCCCACCUUCUCCAUCACCUCCACCGCCGUAUGUCUACAAGUCUCCUCCACCACCAUCACCAUCACCACCACCUCCUUAUGUGUAUCAAUCUCCACCGCCACCUUCUCCAUCUCCACCCCCACCUUACAUAUACAAGUCACCACCACCACCUUCACCACCACCACCACCAUAUGUCUAUAAGUCUCCACCACCUCCUUCACCAUCACCCCCACCUCCUUAUGUCUACAAAUCUCCACCACCUCCUUCGCCAUCACCCCCACCACCAUAUGUAUACAAGUCCCCACCACCACCAUCACCGUCACCGCCUCCACCAUAUGUCUACAAGUCUCCACCACCUCCUUCACCAUCACCACCCCCUCCUUACAUCUACAAGUCUCCACCACCUCCAUCACCGUCACCACCACCUCCCUACGUCUACAAGUCUCCACCACCUUAUGUAUACAAGUCACCUCCUCCACCAUCACCAUCACUAUCACCUCCCCCUCCUUACAUUUACAAAUCACCACCACCUCCAUCCCCACCACCACCACCUCCCUACAUCUAUAAAUCUCCCCCUCCUCCAUCCCCGUCACCUCCUCCUCCAUAUGUUUACAAGUCUCCUCCACCACCCACGCACUCUCCUCCACCUUACUACUACAGGUCUCCACCACCACCUAGUGGCUACUAAGUAAACAAAUCAGCGUUUCUACAUUCGUUCGAGAAAAGAAACCUUACAAGAAUAAAAUGGUGCAAUACUUGACACUCGCUCACACAUUCAAAUUUCUUUUUGCACAUGAAUUGAUUUGUUAUACGCGAUUUCUUAUACAUUUAUUUUUUAUUUUCUUUUCCUUUUUUAAUUAUUCGAAUGUUGAGAUAUUAAUUGUUGUCUAAUAUAAGGCGUAAUGUAAUACACAUGUGCUUUUAUAUGGUUCAAUAAACUGAAAUUUUGUACAAGAGGAUCCUCCCCUCUCUUUAUAUA